AUGGUAUUUUCAUACUUUCUUCAUAAGAAAACAGUAGCUGCUAAGCAGAAAGAAAGAGAAGAUAGAAUCAAUGAUCUUCCUGAAUAUAAAGAGCCAUUGACAGAAGAAGAAAAAUCAAUUCUAUCCCAAGAAGCUUCUAAAGUAAUUGCCAAAGUUCAAGCUGGUGAGAUUAAACCUAUCUCAGUUCUACGGGCAUAUGGAAAAAGAGCUCUCGAGUCGCAGCCAGAGCUUAAUGCCAUCACUGAAAUAUUUAUCAAGGAUUCAGAGAAAUGGGCCGAACAUGCAAAUACAAAAGGACCAUUGGCAGGUUUCCCUAUUACCUUUAAGGAUACCAUUAAUGUGACUGGGUAUGAUUCGUGUAUUGGAUACAGCUCCCGUUCAUUCAAACCAGCAGUUAAGGAUGCUCCAAUUGUGAAACUUCUUAAAGAUGCAGGUGCUGUACCUAUGCUGAAAACCAAUGUUCCCUUCACAUUACUCUCUUUUGAAUCAUAUAACGAUGUCUGGGGAGUUACUAGUAAUCCUUAUCAUAAGGAUUAUGCUCCUGGUGGAUCGACUGGAGGUGAAGCAGCAUUACUUGCUUACGGCGGUUCGAGGUUGGGUGUAGGUACUGAUGUUGCCGGAUCUGUUCGGGUUCCUGCUCACUUCUCUGGUAUUUACAGUUUGAAAUGCUCGACUGGCAGAUUUCCUAAAAUUGGCAACACCACGUCUAUGGCCGGCCAAGAAGGUAUCCCAGCUGUCUACUCACCCAUGACCAGAUCACUUCCUGAUCUUGGAUUCUUCCUCAAGACAAUUAUUGACAUGAAGCCCUGGGAGUACGAUUAUAGCGUUCACCCAAUUCCAUGGCGUAAAGUUGACCUUCCAGCUAAGCUCAAAGUUGGUGUUAUUUAUGACGACGGUGUUGUGACUCCCUCACCUGCCUGUGCCCGUGCUCUUGACCUCACUAUUGAUGCUUUAGAAAAACAAGGCCAUUCGAUUGUGAAGUUUGAUGCUCCCGACCCACUUCGUUGUCUCCGUAUUGCCUCUCAAUUGUUGUGCUCUGAUGCUGGUAGAAUCGCUACUCGUGGCCAGCUUUGGGGCGAGAACAAUGAUGCCGGUGUCGGACGAAUGCUCUUCGCUCAAAGACUUCCUCGUUUUGUCAAGAAAAUCUACGCCUGGAUCCUGCAAUAUAUCUAUCGUGACCCCGUAUGGGCCUAUAUGGUGCGUGACUGGAAUGAGAAGACCAUUACCGAGAGAUGGGAUCUCGUAGCUGAACGUGAGCAAUACAAAUUGGAAUUCUUCGAAGCCUGGAAGGAGUCAGGAAUCGACAUCCUGCUAACUGUACCCAAUGCUACACCUGCUCUGCCUCAUAAGGGUCUCUACGAAUCCAUCUCGUCCUGUGGCUACACAUUCAUGUUUAACCUGCUAGACUAUUCGGCCGGUGUCCUGCCAGUCACCAGAGUUGACAAAGAAAAAGACCAGCUGCCACCUGGUUUCAACCCGAACAAACUCAACCGCAUUGCCAAGGGUGCCUAUGACAACUACGACGCCACAAAAAUGCACGGCCUCCCAGUCGGAGUCCAAGUGGUUGGCCAGCGUCUGGAAGAAGAAAAGGUAAUCAAAGCCAUGGAGGUCGUUGAAGACGCUCUCCACAAAUCUGGCGUAGUCUACGUCCAGCGAAACUCCUAG